AUGUCCACCAGGAGUGCUGAGUCGCGUGAUAAUUCGCCAGACGCGUCGGCUGAGAAGCGGGCCAGCAAAAAGCGGAAAGUGUUAUCAUGCUACGCUUGCAGAAACCGUAAGAUGAAAUGUGAUCGAGUUUAUCCUGUUUGCGGACGUUGUCAAAAGACCGGAAGGGCAGACCAAUGCACCUACGACCCUCGAUUGCUUGAGGAUAUACCUGUUAAUGGCGAUGGUUACGCAGAGCCGCCGAGCUUUGCACAACACGACAGCGCUCCGAGUGGAGCUGGCUCUUCGGAUCUUGUAAGCUGGAAGCUACGAGUACAGGAGCGGCGACUAGAGCAACUGGAGAACAAGCUGGCUGCGCAGAGCGGCACAGGUUCACAGGCGUACGACUCGACUCCGUCACACUUCCACGACUUCAAAGCGAAUGAACCUCUCCUACACGAAGAAAUGAUGUUUCGAGGCAAAGCCUUCAAAACCCAGUUUUACGGCUCAACAUGUCCUCUCAGCGCGCUGACACAGUUCUCCGAGCUCCAGGCUUUCACGAGAGAAUCGGUAAUCUCUUCGGGCAACAUGGGCCAUGUCCGGGAUGACUUCAAAGCCUUCAGGGUCCGGAGAAAGGCAAUGAUGAAGGAAAAGAAUGCACGAAGGCGCGGUUACGAUGAGGAGAUCUUCCUUCAAUUACCCGACAAAACCACGCUCGAUCCUCAGGUCGCCCUAUAUUUCCAGACAUGCGAAACGUCCUACCGCAUAUUGCAUGAGCCGAGUUUUUGGCGAGAAUAUCAAGCCUUUUGGGAGCGGCAAUCCAACGACGAAUCUUUUACACCCUUCGCCGCUGUCCUCUUGUACAUCCUUGCGGUCACCAAGUGCCUACAACCAAAUGACGGCAAUAUCUUCGUAGGCGACAGUGCAGUCGAUCGCGAUACGGCUCUGGAUUUCAUCGAGACAUGCGACACGUGGCUGCAGCGGCAGUCGCGGAAACAGACCACCCUCACUUUCUUCCAGCUUCAUUGUCUCUCUCUUCUCGCAAAGAGGCUCAACUGUCUAAAGCUUAAGCAGGAUUGGACAACUUCCGGCGACAUAAUUAGGGUCGCAAUCGCAGCAGGCUUACAUCGAAACCCCUCGCUGCUUUCGAGAGGUCGUAUUAGCGAGUUCGAAAAGGAAAUGCGGAGAAGGGUCUGGCUGACUAUCGUGGAGCUCGAACUACAAGGCUCGAUUGAUUGCGGCUUGCCAUCUUCAGCCUGCGGCCUCUACUUCGAUGUUCAACCCCCAUUCAAUCUUCCUGACGAAACCUUCGCGGCGGACACAACGCAAAUUCCGGCAGGACGUCCGAUUGAACACUUCACCUCCACUUCAUACCUGAUCGUGUCGUUACAAUCGAUGCCGCUACGACUUCAUCUUCUGCAGCUGUUGAACAAUCCAACGACUGAGCUCCAAUACUCCGAUGUCCUCCACUACGACAGCCAGCUGAACGCUAUGUUGAACACCUUGCCCAACUGGACCGAUCCUAGAGCCGACAUCCCCUCUACGCUUCUGAAGUUGCAACUCGUACAAUUUCUCUUGAUACUGCAUCGACCGUACGCCGUUUACGCCACUACGAACAAGCGCUUUAGUUUUUCUUUCACGGCAUGUAUAGAAGCCGCGAGUACGAUCCUGAUGCUCCACGAAAAACUGCUUGCAAAGAAUAUAUUAUCUUUGAACCACCUUCGUAACGACGCUCUGCGGGCGGGCAUAGCGCUUGCUCAAACUACAUACUACAACUGCUUCCACGCAUCGCCAGCAGAGGGUCGCGAUGCGCCCAAUCACAAAGACUAUGUGCACCCUAUCGACAUCGGCGUGGCAUCCAGACAGGAGCGUCCCAUCGGUGGCCCAGAGCUCAAAAUCCCCCAACUCCCCACAGACAGCCUGCUUGCAUCGACACUUUGCACGACUGCCGUCAAUCUCCUGGAAAAAGUACGCCUGCUCUUCGAGAAUAAAGUCAUGCGCCUCGGCACCGGCUACAUGGAGUACUUCCUUCUCUGCUCCGCGCAGGGCAUCAUGCCAAAAACUAGUCAGGACCGACGGACAUCAAUCGCAUCUAUUACCAACGCCACAGCCGACGACCUACGCUCACGAGGCCGCAAGUCGCUCGAGCGGGUCACGUCACUCUGUUUUCGUGUUCUCGCGCUACAGAAAGAACCUGCCGAUUCGCUUGUGAGCUCCUUACGCCAGAACGUCACAGUGCCUUCGCCGCUGACGCCAGCUUCGAGCCUCGGCCCGUCUACAGGUCCCCCUACGGCCCCACACAUGUAUGGAAGUAAUCUCGGUGGUGGGGGCCUCGGUGGAGACAUGCCCACGAUACUCCCCGGAACCGUCGCUAUCGCGACUGCGCUCAACGACGGCAAGGGUAUUGGCGACGGGGCUUUCGACGAUUUGCAGGACAUGCAAGUCGACUUGUCAGGCUGGACGUUUCCUGACUUCUGGAAUUUUGACAUGGGCGGUGCCCUUUGA